CAACGUGCUUCCUGUGUCAUGGCCACUCACGGCAGUUCGACUAUGGAUGGUGAGGUAGAAGUGUCAGAGGAUGCCAUUAUACAACGACAAAAGAAAGAGAGAAAAGAGUUAUUAGCUCACAUUCAGAAAUUGAAGCAUGCUGUACCGAAAGGUGACAAGAAGAAGAAAAAGGAGAUGGCAGAACAGGUUGCGGCACUGGAGGCAGAAAUAACACAAAGACAUGAAACGGAACUAGAGGAGUUUAAGACACAUGGUGCAAAGGUAGAGGAGGUCAUUGACAAGCUUGGGCUGCUGGGAUCUGGUGAUCAGGGGGAGACAACUCCUGCCCAGACUGAUUUGGAAGUAAAACAAAAGAAGGCCUCCAAGGCUCAGAAGAGAAGGGAGAAGAAGGCGAACCAGUCUCGAGAACGUGAAGAACGCAUCAAGGAACAGGCGACAGAGAGCCUGACGGGCGCCCGGCACACGGAGACACGCACCAUCAAGUCCCUGCUGCAGAAGAGGGGGCUGCAGAUACACGAGAUCUACUCCGAUGGAAACUGCCUGUACAAUGCCAUCACUCAUCAGCUGGUUCCCAGGGGAGUACAGUCCUCCAAUGAAAUCCUACGGAAGCAAACAGCUGACUUCAUGCGCGGUCAUGAAGAUGACUUUCUACCCUUUCUGACCAAGCUGGACACAGGGGACCCCUACUCACCAGAUGAGUUUCAGAACUACUGCAAUGAUAUAGCAUCAACAUCUGCAUGGGGCGGCCAUCUUGAGCUGCGAGCCCUGUCACAUGUGUUGCGUCUCCCUCUGGAGGUGAUCCAGGCCGAGGGGCCAGCCAUCUUGGUUGGGGAGGAGUACUCCGACAACAGCCCAGUCAUCCUCACGUAUCACCGCCACGCAUUUGGCCUGGGGGAGCAUUACAACUCCGUGAAGGAGAAGCAGCCAGACACUCAGGAAGAUGGCUUCAGCUAACCCUGAUGAAACAUAGGAACAUCUCCACGGUCACAUGACAAGACAAACAGGGUCAAGGUCACCAGAUCAGCCAAUAGGAAUGUCUCAUAGGCCAAUCAGUAUCAUAUCAUUGUCAUAUUGUGAAGGGCUCGAUUCUCACAACAGUUGCAUGAUGGUGUUGGAUUGUUUGUUUGUUACACUGAUGAAUGUCCUGAUGCUGGGCCGUGUAAUAAAUCCUAUAUAUCAUGUGUAGGCUAGAAAAAGUCCAGGUUUAUUACCCAAUGACAUUACCCGACCAGAGCUAGGUAGCCAUUUUGUUUACUAUAUUUACUUUAUACAGUGAAUAUGUUUUUUUUCUUGCUCAAGUCAGGACCGUUAUUAUAUAUGGUUGAACAAUUGUUCUAAAAGCAAACUUUUGUUGAUUUUGCUGUAAAAUCAUAUUUUAUUGUUUGUGGUUCUGAAGGUCUCUGAAGGCGUUGUUUUUCUGAAAGAUCUUUAGUACGUUUACAUUAGGAUUCAGACUUUCAUUCUCAACCUCAAACACUAAAAUCAUAUGAACAAACAAAAUACUUUCCAACAAGGUGACAAUUCAACAUUUUGACACUUGUAACGGUGUCAUGCUUUGUUUAAUGACAUAACAUUUUGCUUGGUUUUGUAAAUCAGCAAUGCAACACUGCAACAAUGUCCCAGCUAGGACUCCAUAGUUGGGAGGAUCCAUCUGGUCCAUCUCAAUAAUUUACAGACCAUCAUCAUGUGGCUGGAAUAUUGCCGAGGGUGGCAUUAAUUUAAAUAACAAACAAACAUGUCCUUUUUCAAUAGACUCCAUGCAUUUACUCUCAUGUAACAUAUUUAUCACCCAUAUCCAGGACUACUUUGCUCAGAAUGUCUCUAGUCUCUAUUGUCCCAUAGCCAGAUUUAGUCCUAGAGGACUCAGCAGCCACCAUGGUGCUCCAGACUUUACUGUUAUCAGGGAUGUAUGAUCAAUAAGCUUCUGUAGAAUGCAAGGAACUUUAAUCUCAGUGAUUGUAGGCUGAAAAGUCUAUACCUUUCCCCAGUCAACUCAGAUGUAUAUCAUGCGCUUUUAGGCUAAAAAAAAUAAUAGUCUUGGUUCUCAGGCACCGCCCACAUCAUCCUAAAGUUCAUCGUACGUUUCGUUUUUAUUUCCAUUUUAUAAAAAAAUAAUUAAAAAAUCCUUAAAUAU